AUGCCUGAUCAAGAAUUUUACAUGAAGAUGGUGCAAAUAAAUGCAGAAGUUUUAGACAAUUAUAUAGAUGAAGGUGCAGAAAUACCAACCAUGUUCCGCAGCGAGGAGAUGGUGCUGUGCCAGCUGUUUGUGCAGCCAGAAGCCGCUUACGUGUCCAUGUACGAACUGGGGGAGGCUGGAAUAGCUCAGUUCAGAGAUGUCUACAGCAUGAUCACGAGGGACCAAAAACGAAAUGUAUCGUUUUGGUCCCUCUUGACCACCGUUGAUCAAUCCUACUCCUCGUCACAGUGCUGCAAGGGAUCCGAGAGAACCCGAAUUAAAUUAAAAAAGUAA